GUACAUGUAAGGUACACGUACCUCCUACCUCCUACUGUAGUCACAAAUCAACACAAAGUACACAAACGCAGACCCGUCUGUGUCUCGCCACCUUCGAAACCACCAUGCCUCUCCCCACCUUCGAAACCACCUUCGCCGUCCCUCUCUCCUGCGACUCAUGCAUCCAAGCCGUCAAAGCCGCCCUCCAGCCCAUUCCCGGCAUCGAAUCCAUCUCCGCUUCCCUUUCCGACCAAUUGAUCUCGAUCAAAGGCAAUGCGGCACCCAGCGCCAUUGUGAAAGCAAUCGAGGAGACGGGACGAGAUGCCAUUUUGCGCGGAAGUGGGAAAGAGGGGAGUGCGGCCGUGUGUAUACUGGAAACGCAUAGCUCGCAAGUUCCCUUGGGAGAGGUUGUGAAGGGAUUGAUUCGGAUGGUGGAAGUUUCUUCGGGGGGUGAAGGGGUGGUGUUGGCGGAUAUGACUCUGAAAGGGGUUUCGGAAGGGAGAUAUCAUGUUACGGUGAGAGAGGCGGGAGAUAUUAGUCGGGGCAGUGAGAGUGCUGGUGGAGUGUGGGAUGCGGUGCAAGCUGCGAAGGAGAAGAGGGAGAAUGUGAAGGGGAUGUUUGGGACGAUUGAGGUGGGAAAGACGGGAUUGGGAUCGGUGUUUAUUGAUCGCCCUGUGAGGAUCUGGGAGAUGAUUGGGAGGAGUAUUGUGGUCAGUCAGCAAGAGAUUGGGAAGGAGAAGAAAGAAGACCCGAAUACGCUUGUGGGUGUUGUUGCGAGGAGUGCGGGCGUUUGGGAUAAUGACAAGACAGUCUGCAGCUGUAGUGGGAAGACAGUCUGGGAAGAGAGGAAAGAGCAGAGGGAAAAGGGCAUGUUGUGAGACGACUUCUGUGGAAGUGAAGGUGUCGGCGAGGUAUGUCGAGCUCGUCUUCAGCGUGAUGGCUGAAUCAUUCUUUCUAGUGCUAGAGAGCAUCAAGAUGGCCUUGUAUGGACGAGCGAGUCAUUGCAUCGCCAUUAUUCUACUCACGACCAACACUCUAGGACUUGUUAUUGUUCGUAUCCCGGAGCCAGCUCUCACGCUCUACCCAUACUGAGGACACCAGGAUGGAGCGAUGAUUCUGCGCUUCCCGAUCGAUGGCUUCGUUUUGCUGCUGACGAUGACAUAGCAAUAAUCUCGAGUUUAUACCAGGCGUAGGAUCUGUGGAUCUUUUCGGAUCGCGGGCUUGUCGGAUUGACGAAAGUACCAGGUAUAUACUCAUCCCAUUGGCUGUCUGAUUCCCGCUUUAGGUAUGCCGUACGAAGACCCAAGAAUCAGAAGAGAUUCUAGACAAUGUUU